AUGGUCAGCUCCUGUUGUGGCUCUACCUGCUCUGGCCAGAGCUGUGGCUCUGGCUGCUGUGCCCCCUGUUGCUGCAGGACUGGCUGCUGCUUCCGACCUCCCUGCUACCAGAGCACCUGCUGCAGGACCAACUGCUACAGGCCCACCUGCAUUGUGUCCACCUGCUGCCGCCCUAGCUGCUGUGGGUCCAGCUGCUGCCAGCCCUGCUGCCGCCCCAGCUGCUGUGGGUCCAGCUGCUGCCAGCCCUGCUGCCGCCCCAGCUGCUGUGGGUCCAGCUGCUGCAGAACCACCUGCUGCCGCCCAGCCUGCUGUGGUUCCUCUUGCUGCUAA